UACAUUGUAGCUGAAGAGUUCAAGAUGAUUCCAAAUUACUCUACUGAAGAAACUGUUAAAAGAAUCCACGUGGACUGCCCUGUUUCAGGAAGGCACAGCUACAUCUACAUUAUGGUUCCAACCGUUUACAGCAUCAUCUUUAUCAUAGGCAUAUUCGGGAACAGCCUGGUGGUGAUUGUCAUUUACUGCUACAUGAAAUUGAAAACAGUAGCCAGCAUCUUUCUUCUCAACCUGGCACUGGCUGACUUGUGUUUUUUGAUAACUCUGCCCCUCUGGGCAGCCUACACGGCCAUGGAGUACCAGUGGCCUUUUGGCAACUGUUUGUGCAAGCUGGCCUCGGCGGGGAUCAGCUUCAACCUGUACGCCAGCGUGUUCCUGCUCACGUGCCUGAGCAUCGACCGCUACCUGGCCAUCGUGCACCCGGUGCAGUCGCGCAUCCGCCGCACCGUGUUCGUGGCCCGCGUCACCUGCGUGGCCAUCUGGCUGCUGGCCGGCGUGGCCAGCCUGCCCGUCGUCAUCCACCGCAACAUCUUCUUCGCUGAGAACUUGAACAUGACGGUCUGCGGGUUUCGCUACGAGAGCAAUAACACGACGCUCCGGGUCGGGCUGGGUUUAUCCAAAAAUUUGCUGGGCUUUUUAGUUCCUUUUCUGAUCAUAUUAACAAGCUACACCUUAAUUUGGAAGACUCUGAAGAAGGCUUAUCAAAUUCAAAAAAAUAAGACUAGAAAUGAUGAUAUCUUCAAGAUGAUUGUAGCAAUUGUGUUUUUCUUUUUCUUUUCCUGGAUUCCUCAUCAAGUGUUCACUUUUCUGGAUGUGUUGAUUCAAUUACACGUAAUAACAGAUUGCAAAAUCACCGAUAUUGUGGAUACCGCUAUGCCCUUCACCAUUUGUAUCGCUUACUUUAACAACUGUCUAAAUCCUUUUUUUUAUGUUUUUUUUGGAAAAAACUUUAAAAAAUACUUCCUUCAGCUAAUAAAAUACAUCCCACCGAACGUCAGCACACAUCCAAGCCUCACAACCAAAAUGAGCUCCCUCUCCUAUCGGCCACCAGAAAAUAUCCGCUUGCACGUGAAAAAGACUGCCGGGCCUUUCGACACCAAUUGAGGCAUUUCACAGAGUUCUUCUUUUGAACAACCUUGUGUGUGAAGCAGCAAGAACAACAAGAUUCAUCUGCGGUCCUGAACAUCACAGCUCAUCACAGCAACACUGGAUCACCU